AUGGCACGAUUCACGGUUUCACUUGUUAAUGGUAGUACUUUUCAAACGUCUCUCGAAAUUUGUCUUGAUGAUACUAUUUAUCAGGUGAAACAAAAAAUAGAAAACAAUCACCAAGUCAAGAUUGAGAAUCAGGAAUUAUUUCUUGGUGGUAAAAAGCUCGAAGAGAAUCAAACAGUGAGGAAUUAUAAUAUUGGCUUGGGUGAAACAAUCAAUCUCGUUCAAAAGCAUGAAGGUAUCAUGCAAGUAUUCAUUAAAGAUCUUAAUGGUAGCGGUAGUUCAACAGGUAUUUUCAUCAAUUAUUCUAGUACCGUACUUGAAUUGAAACAAAGCUACGGAUCGAUUUCGAAGAUUCCAGUAUAUGAGCAGAGACUUAUAUACGGUGGAAAACAGUUAGAAGACCAUAAAAAACUGUCGGAAUACAAAAUUGAACAUGGAUCAACUAUUAGACUUGUUUUGAGAUUGGUGGGGGGCCGUUGA